AUGUCGAAGAGCUUCUUUCGUCGAGCAGCUUCCAAUCGCGACUCAUCCUCGAUUAUCAGCCGAAGGACGACCGAUUCGAGUGAUAGGAAGAAUAAUGAUUCAACCUUGUACGGCUUGGGUCUCAUAAACGGGUCCGAAAAGAAAUGGAAGCAUCGAGAGCCCGACCCUACCCAGGCCUUCAUUGCCGAGGCAUUUCUUCCCGAAAGAUCAGACACAUCAAGCUACGCCGAAAGCCAUGCCAUGUCCAGUCGAGCUUCUAGCCACGGUACUAUCCGACCCGACUCAGACGAGCGUAAAAGAUCAUCCAAUUCCCGGAAUCGACCUGGAUCAAGCGUCGUAGAAUUGAUGGAUACCCAGAAAACUCGAACGCGCCGGGAAAGGACUUUUGUCGGAAGUGAAUGCGCAGUAUGUGAAGAACCAUUAGAGCACACCCUUCGCGGGGAACGAAUACUCCAAUUUUCAUGCGGUCACGUUUCACACGAAGCCUGCUUCUAUGAACAUAUCAAAGAAUUUGAGCUUCAAUACUGCCCAUCUUGUAAUGCCCCUCUCGGCUUAGAUACGAGCAGAGGAGGCAGUGUAUUAGAUAUCGAAAAAUUGACUAGCAUUGUCCGCUCUGUAUCAGCAAACGAAUCUAUGAGCAUUUUGCAACCUCCAACACAGCCUUGGGACAACCAAACCAUUCGACCUAGCAGUCGAGAUUCUUCUGCUAAAACUUUGCAGCGCGGCUACAAUAUGGAUCAUGAAAACUACGACAGUAGAAGCAGAUAUUCGCUACCCUUAAAAAUGACGCAUGCCCGUCAUGACUCAGACCAUACCCGACCCCCCUCAGUUGGGUAUCCCGAAACGGUUAUGAGUGGACCGCAAAGGAGACAUGAAUAUGAGCUUCAAGCUAUCGAACCUGGUGUUACAAGUCCAGUUCCGAGUAUUAACAGAAAUCCCAUUCCCCCUCCCACAGUUGUUCUAAGAUCGGAAUUUCCAACCUUGUGUCGCUCUCGAGACCAACAGACACUCACGUGCCUCAUUACGGUUGAGGUGUCGGAAAGCACUUGGCGACCAUGCCUCGAGGAUACCCGGAUCGUCGCUUCGCCAAUACCUACCCCGGAAGAAAAGUUCGCGCGACCUCCGUCUCCUGCUCACAGUGCACCGAGGCCACACCCCUACGAGUCUCCUGAGGCAUUAUACGAGAUAACCGAAAGUCUGCGACAGCGAGUCGAGAACUGGCAUGGCCUUGAUUUUUCCAGGUUUGGAAAAUUACGACUUCAUGGAAAAAUACGAGUUGGCAAGGAUAAAAUAACAUGGCAAGAGCUAGAGUGCUUUUUAUUCGCAGAGAUGCUAGUAUGCGUUAAAGAAAAAAAAAUUAACAGCCCUCAAUGGGACGAAUCAAAUAUGUUACCGGUAUCUACAAGGUGCACCCUGAAAGGCUCUAUCCUCAUCAAGAAACACCUCAAUGAGGUGAUUGAGGCCAGUAGUGGUGAAGAGAACGUUCUGACUCUUAGUUUAUCCGUUGCUGAGCUACCAUCCUUUCACCUCCAAUUUGUCAAUAAAAAUCAGCUCAAACUAUGGCAACAGGCCCUUCUUGACUUGAACGCAGUCGAGACCGUACCCCCCCAAAACACCGAAAAUGACCCAUCGGACGUGGAUGAAGAAGAUUGGCAGAGAGUUCCGCGUAACGGUAUUCCAGCACGUCAAUCUUCGGUCAGAUCAUAUAGUGGUAAUCCAUCCGUUACGACGGACUUUAAUGUCCCCAGAAAUAUACGCAUACCCUCGAUGGUGCAUGCGCCGAUCGAUAUCGUUGUUGUCAUACCAAUUUCUUCAUCUAUGCAAGGUGUCAAAAUUAGCCUCGUGCGAGACGCCUUGAAGUUUAUGGUGCAGAAUCUAGGCGAACGUGAUCGAAUGGGUAUAGUGACUUUUGGAUCAAGUAAUGGAGCUACCCCACUUGUAGGAAUGACUACUAGUGCCUGGAACGGAUGGUCUGGCAUAUUAUCGUCUAUCAGGCCUGUCGGACACAAGAGCUAUCGAGUAGAUGUCGUCGAAGGCGCAAAUGUCGCCAUGGAUCUUCUCAUGCAACGAAAGUUCAAUAAUCCCAUUGCAAACAUACUUCUCAUAAGUGAUUCGUCUACAUCGGACCAGGAAACUGUGGACUUUGUCGUUUCGCGUGCCGAGGCAGCGAAGGUAUCUAUAUACUCAUUUGGCCUCGGAAUGACGCAUAAGCCUGACACAAUGGUUGAGCUAUCUACUCGGACUAAAGCAUCAUAUAUGUACGUAAAAGACUGGAUGAUGCUCCGUGAAUGUUUAGCAGGAUGCCUCGGUGCAAUGCAAUCGACGUCUCAUCAAAAUGUGAAGCUGAAGCUUCGGCUCCCUGAAGGUUCACCAGCAAAGUUUGUCAAAAUAAGUGGUGCACUUCAAAUUACGAAGCGGGCAACUGGCAAAGACGCAGAGGCUUCCCUUGGAGAUUUAAGGUUCGGCGACAAGAGAGAUAUCUUGGUUCAGUUAGUAAUCCACCCGGAUCACAAUUCUCAAGACCAACUUCCACAAGAUCCUUGGGAGUCAAUUGUAUCGGGCCUAGAGGCUCUCGGUGGUCCAUUAGAAAAGGAAGACGAUAGGGCCAUGUCAAUAGAAGAAGUACCUCUCAUCCAGGCCGAGCUCAGCUGGGGAGACAUACUAAGAGAUGGAACCAUGUGUCACUCACCACGUCCUUCGCUACUCGCAAUCACCAUGCUUCCAGCGCCAAAAGUUCAAGAGAAGAAGAGUUCCAGCUGGCCGAAUGGAAACCCCCCUAUCCCAUCUCAUCAAAAUGUUGUGCAGCGCAGGAUGGAAUUACUUACUUCAGAUAUGCUUACUCGUGCACUCACAUUGGUAUCUCGUGGACAGCACGAUCGAGCGCAACAUCUCCUUAAUGAGACACGAUCCAUCUUAAAAGGCCUCGGGAAAGGGGGGCUUCCACCGAUCCCUCCCCCAUCUACAAUCAAGUCUCCCAAGAUUGCCGAGAAUCCGUUAUCCUCAGCUACCGUGAUGGAGCCGCAGGCAGCCCCAUCUCCAACAUCUGCCGACACACCAUCUCCCCCACCUAUCACAGCAGGCUCUGUAUCUAAUGGCUUCUCGUCCGAGCUGUUUUCUGUUGGAUCAUCCAUAGGGAUUGAUCCCGCUAUUGUCUCAGCUCUUGAUGCCGAAAUUGAGUCGAGUUUAGAAUGGAUUUGUCACCCGGCUGUAUUCAGCCGUGACAGUCGCAAAGCUAUCCUCCAGGCCAUCGGUGUGAUUAGUAGCCAGCGUGGAUUCACAUUCCGAACACCCGUUGAAAGCUCAUGGGCCACACGCAUACGUGGAGUUAAACUACUUACAGAAAGGAGUAAAGAUUGGCGUGAAGAGAGCGGUGGUGAGGGUGGCAUUAUGGAAGAAAGCUAA